AUGUUCCAUCACCAAAUUGAGAAAGAUUCAGCUUCAUCUUCAAGUAGCACCACCAAACUUGUUGUUCCUUUUGUUGAUCUUGCUGAUAUUCAUCUAGAUCCAACAAGAAGAAAAACAGUUGUUGAGAAAAUUAGAGAAGCAUCUGAGACAUGGAGUUUCUUUCAAGUUGUUAAUCAUGGAAUAGAUAUUACUGUUUUGGAUGAGAUGAAGAAUGGAGUUAUUAAUUUCUUUGACUUUAUCACCGUGCUUCUACAAUAUCAUAUUGGCGGCCUCCAAAUUCUUCACGAGAAUAAUUGGGUUGAUAAGCACGGACACUUCUAG